GAAAACGGCUGUUUAAAGAUGCGUACCACCAUCACUUGGGUACAAUCGUAUAAUAUAUACACACUCUCGCUUUCCAGCCACCGCAAUAAAAUCCUCACUGCAUUCCGGUUUUUACACGAUGGCACGUACCAAUGCCGCAUAUACAGUGUACCGCACCUUCACCACUUGACAGCACGUUAGCAAUCGCCGCGGGAAAGAAUGCCUAGUGUUGCAUAGCACCAUCAGAAAACCGUAGCGUGCGGAAAUGCUGCUUUUCCGUUGAAUCUUCACUUGUUUCAAAAAUGCCCGUGGAGAUUGGUGAUCUGGCGGGAACGGCGCAUGUGCGCUGCUUCUGGGAUCUGGAGGAUGCCACACCGGUGGCGUUGACGCGGUUUGAUCUGCCGCGGUGUGUCAGUAUUAUCAAGGACAUCUUUAGUGGCUACGGGAUUACGCUGAACCCGAAAAAUCGGAUACGCUUGUUCUGCGGCGGACAGAGAUGUGAUGCUGUCAGCUGUUUCUACGAUACGCUGUGCGGACUGAACAAAUCCAGCGCCGGAUAUCCGUUUCCGACGGAGUUCAACUGUGUGGAUAUUGUGUGUGAAAAAUUCAGCGGAAAUGCUGGUGGUUCGUCACAGCAGAAGUCGCAUUAUCAGCUGCUGCACAAUCUCAAAGAAGUCUUGAGUAAUGAACGGAUCGGCACAAUUAUCCUUAUUUCCAAAGACGAGAAGCUCCGCCAUAAAGCAGAAAAGCGGAAACAGCAUCCCAAAGCCCAGACAAUCCUGGUUUAUGAACUGCAGUAUAUCACCAACUCUUCCACUACCCCGUCUACCAUUGUGCCGUUUUUCGUACCCGUUCCAUCUGUGAAAACACCCUUCCCCUGGGCGACCGUUAUUCUCAACGUCAUUUUAUUUAGCCUAGCUUUUUUGUUUGUAAAGAUGGGCUGGAAUGACGACGAAGGAUUUACUUAAAAGAUUUAUUUACUAAUACUAUGUUCCGCAUGCCAAAAUUAGACUGUCCUAAACAACUUUAAUUGUUUGUAUAAUAUAUGAAAUGAGUCCUUGAACCCGGUAAUACAAAUGAACACGGUUUAAAUUUGGAAUACACGUUUGAACACGCGACUGGACAUUUCGGUCAGUUUUCCCAUCGUGUCGAUUAAAUUG